AUGUCCGCUGUACCGGUUGCUGAAAGAAAUCAAGAUGCGACAAUCUAUGUUGGUGGUCUUGAUGAACGCGUGAACGAAAGUAUUCUUUGGGAGUUAUUUGUACAGGCUGGUCCUGUCGUCAAUGUUCAUCAACCCAAAGAUCGUGUCACAAUUAAUCAUCAGGGUUAUGGUUUUGUUGAAUUUUUAACCGAAGAAGAUGCAGAUUACGCAAUUAAGAUAAUGAAUAUGAUCAAACUCUAUGGAAAACCAAUACGUGUCAAUAAAGCAUCAGCUCAUCAAAAGAAUCUCGACGUUGGUGCUAAUUUAUUUAUUGGAAACCUUGAUCCAGAAGUCGAAGAAAAAUUAUUAUACGAUACAUUUUCGGCAUUCGGUGUCAUCCUACAGGCACCUAAGAUUAUGCGUGACCCUGAAUCAGGCAACUCAAAGGGAUACGCUUUUAUUAAUUUCGCUAAUUUCGAUGGCUCAGAUACAGCAUUAGAAGCAAUGAAUGGUCAAUAUUUAUGCAAUCGGCCAAUUACAGUUUCCUAUGCGUUUAAAAAAGAUUCCAAAGGUGAAAGACAUGGUUCUGCAGCUGAACGAUUGCUCGCUGCUCAAAAUCCAUUAUCACAUUCAGACAAACCACAUACAUUAUUUGCUGAUCAACCACAAUUUGCACCAGCACCACCGGUUCCACCCCCAGUCAAUCCGUUUCCUAUGGCAUCGUGGUUACCCUAUGGUGCGCUCGGCGGCCUACCCCUUCCACCUGGUCUACCCGGUCUUCCCCCUCCACCACCACCAUUUGCAAUGCAAAUGCCCCGAGCACCUAUGGUACCAGCACCAACGCCAGCAGCGCCAUUUCGACCUCCUCCACCACCUCCAACAAACAGACCACCACCACCACCCCCUCCAUCCAUGCUGCAAUAA